GAGAUCGAUAAUUUUCAAGGUGUGUUUGGUUACUUUCAUGCAUGAAUUGGUCGUAUUUUUAGAAAAUAUUCGGAUGAAGACAUACCAUCACUAGGCAAUGUACACUUCCUUUUGAGAUCCCAAAAUGUCGAAGAGAGGACGCGGAGGAGCGGCGGGAGCCAAGUUCCGGACCUCGCUGGCUCUGCCAGUGGGGGCCGUGAUGAACUGCGCCGACAACACCGGCGCCAAGAACCUGUACGUGAUCGCCGUGUACGCCAUCGGCGGCCGCCUGAACCGACUGCCCUCUGCCGGCGUCGGGGACAUGUUCGUGGCCUGCGUCAAAAAGGGAAAGCCAGAACUCCGCAAAAAGGUAAUGCAGGCGGUGGUGGUCCGGCAGCGGAAGAGCAUCCGCAGGAAGGACGGCACCAUCAUCUAUUUCGAGGACAACGCGGGCGUCAUCGUCAACAACAAGGGCGAGAUGAAGGGAUCGGCCGUGACAGGCCCCGUCUCCAAGGAGUGCGCCGACCUCUGGCCCAGGAUCGCCAGCAACGCCAGCAGUGUCCAAUAGCCUGUUCGACCAUCACACGAUACACAAAUAAACAGAAAAAAUACCA